UUAGCAUGCCGCAUAGUUUCCACAGCCACGCAGUGGCUACAUCGUAAAUAUUCAUGAGUUGUUUUGUUUUGCUUUUUGGUAUUAAUUUAAAGUUAGGUUUAAGGUUAGCAGUGUGGAAAAUGUAAGGAGCAAGGUUAGGGCUAGGUUUAAACUCACAGUUGAAGAAGAUAAAUUGUAGAAAUAGGCGGUUUUUUGUAGACUUUGUGGCUGUGGUAACUAGUAGUGACCAUGUCGCGUUGCGUGUGAAGUUGAAGGUGUACAAUGGGAUUUUUCUGUGAAAUUAUCAAACAUAACCUCUGUCAAAUCUCUCUUUGUUAAAAUAGAAAACGGCAACAAGCAGAGGUUCAGGUUGGGGCACAUUUUGCCCUAUAUAGCCGUUGAGUUGCAAAACAGGAGUUUGUCUUUGAAGCAAUGAUCAUGCACAAUGGCAGUGUCCGUUAUCUCAUCUUCUUCCAAUACCUCGGGACAAAGUACAGUGGCGUUAUGAAGGCGCCUCCACACCAAGCAGUCAAGGGUGUCCAGAACUACUUGGAGGAUGCGGUACGGUGUUUGAGGCCGGUGAAUGAGGUUUCUCUGUCCAUCUCCAGUCGGACAGACACCGGUGUCCACGCCCUUGGAAACUCCGCCCACUUCGACCUCCAGCGGCAGAACGGCAAGCCCCCAUUUGCUGAGGAGGUCCUGGUUGACGCCCUCAACUUCCACCUGAGACCGGAGCAAAUCAGAAUCACCCGUGCCUACCGGGUCCCCGGUGGGUUCCAUGCCCGUUUCCGCGCUGUGUCUCGGACGUACGUCUACCGGCUAGCCACGGGCGUCACUCAUCACUCCUGCACGCCACUGACCGAUGCUAACCUCUGCUGGGGGUUACGCCACAUUGACCUGGAUGUUGGUGCGAUGCGCGACGCUGCCUCCCUGCUGGUGGGUACCCAUAACUUCAGCUCCUUCAGAGCCCUGAACUCUGAGACACCGUUUAAAGACCCGGUAAAGACCCUGGAGAAGGUCGGUCUGGAACUCGGAGACGCCUUUGUACACAAACACUUCCACAGAGAUAUUCAGUUCUGGGAGCUUACCUUUAAGAGCAGAUCCUUCCUCUACAAACAGGUGCGUAGGAUGACAGGGGCUCUGGUGGCAGUUGGCCAGGGACAGAUGUCUGUCUCUGGGGUGAAGGAAUUACUGGAGGCCCAGGACUCUCAGGCCUACCCACACAACCUCACAUCACCCCCAGAAGGACUCUUCCUCACCAGGGUGGAGUACCACCGGUCAGACGACCUCAGAUGAGCUGUGAGGAAUUGAGAAAACAAUGACGGAGGAAGCAAGGACAUUGAUGACCUGCAGCUUUACACUCAGGAUGAUUCACAGAGUUGAUUGUCGUUUUAAUGACCUAGGCCCAAUCCCAAAUGGACCCCUAGACGUUACGCCCUACACAUUUGUGGAGAUCUGAGAGGAUUUGAAAAGCAAUUUACUUAUACCUCCAAUUUGCCCCUCUGAUAGGCUAGGUCAGGGGUGUCAAACUAAUUUCAUGGAGGGUCUAGUGUCUGCAGGUUUUAGUUUUCUAACACCUAGACACCCAGGUGAGGGGAGGUCUUUACUGAGACCUAGACAACCAGGUGAGACCUAGACACCCAGGUGAGGGGAGGUCUUUACUGAGACCUAGACAACCAGGUGAGACCUAGAUGACCAGGUGAGGGGAGUUACUUACUGAGACCUAGACAACCAGGUGAGGGGAGUUCCUUACUAAGACCUAGACAACCAGGUGAGGUGAGCUCCUUACUGAGACCUAGACAACCAGGUGAGGGGAGUUCCUUACUGAGACCUAGACAACCAGGUGAGGGGAAUUCCUUACUAAGACCUGGACAACCAGGUGAGGUGAGCUCCUUACUAAUUAGUGACCGUAAUUCAUCAAUCAAGUACCAGGGAAGAGCAAAAACCCACUGACACUCGGUCUUCUGUGCAAUGAGUUUGACGCCUGUGGGUCAGGUGGAAGUUUCACCAUAUUGCUUAUACAGUGGGGAGAACAAGUAUUUUAAACACUGCCGAUUUUGCAGGUUUUCCUACUUACAAAUCAUGUAGAGGUCUGUAAUUUUUUUAUCAUCGGUACACUUCAACUGUGAGAGACGGAAUCUAAAACAAAAAUCCAGAAAAUCACAUUGUAUGAUUUUUAAGUAAUUUAUUUGCAUUUUAUUGCAUGAUAUAAGUAUUUGAUACAUCAGAAAAGCAGAACUUAAUAUUUGGUACAGAAACAUUUGUUUGCAAUUACAGAGAUCAUACGAAAUCAUACAAUGUGAUUUUCUGGAUUUUUGUUUUAGAUUCUUUCACAGUUGAAAGAAAAAAAUUACAGACCUCUA